AUGGCGACUACUUCGAUGGAUUACGAGGCCACUGGCGAACGCUAUGACGAUGAUGGCCCCCGCUACGAGCGCGACCGUAGUGCGUCUCCGCGCCGCGACGAUGGCCACGAUUCUCGUCGUCGCUCCAUGUCUCCCAACGGUAACGACCGCGCUCCGAUCAAGAGCGACAGCGGUAAACAGGAUGACGAUGGCGCCAGCAACCCAGGCUCCAACCUGUUCGUGACCGGCAUUCACCCCCGCCUGGAGGAGUCGGAGAUCACUCGUCUUUUUGAGAAAUAUGGUGAAGUUGAGAAGUGCCAGAUCAUGAAGGACCCUCACUCCGGCGAGUCGCGUGGCUUUGGCUUCGUCAAGAUGGUCACUUCUGAGCAAGCCGAGGCUGCUAUCGAGGGUCUGCGCGGCGAGGUAAUUGAGGGCCGCACCCUUAACAUCGAGAAGGCGCGCCGUGUCCGCCCGCGCACCCCGACACCCGGCAAGUAUUUUGGUCCCCCCAAGCGUGACCCCCGUGGUGGAGGAGGUCGUUUCGAGGACCGCCGACGUGGUGGAGGUUACGGUGGCGGUGGCUAUGGUGGAGGUUACGGUCGUGAUGACUCGUACCGCGGUGGUCCACGUGGCUAUGGCCGCGAGGACCGCGGCUAUGACCGUGGAUAUGACCGUGGCUACGACCGUGGCUAUGGUGGCAGUGGUGGCGGCGGUGGUGGUGGCGGACGGGACUACCGCGAGGACCGAGGCUAUAGCCGCGAAUACCGUGAGGACCGUGGCGGCUACGAGCGUCGUGAGCGCGGAGAUGAGGCCUACGGCAGCCGAGUUGACCGUUAUGGUAGCGGUGGUCGUGAGGACCGCGACCGUAGCUAUGGUGGCCGUGGUGGUGAUGACCGUCGUGGUCCUAGCUAUGACCGUGAGCGUUACGACCGCCCGAGCGACCGCGACUCCCGUCCUCGCGAGUCCGCCCCCAGUGGCACUGGAGGCUACGGUGAUGCCGCUCCUCGUGCUGAUACCCGCGAGCCCUAUGGUAACCCCCCUUCCGAGCUCCCGCUUUGCCAUUUGGUAACAACAAGUAAUAACUGA